CGUGAAAGGUCCAUGACGCGGCUUUCUUGACACUUGUGAAAGACGCCAUUUUGUUGUUAGCGGUGGAUAGGAGCGUAAAAGAAAGAUCGAGAAACCGCCACUAAAAGAUUAGCCAAGAUGGGGAACAUGUUUGCAGGCCUCUUUAAGAAUCUCUUUGGUAAAAAGGAGAUGAGGAUUCUGAUGGUGGGGCUGGAUGCUGCCGGCAAGACCACCAUCCUGUACAAGCUCAAACUGGGAGAGAUUGUCACCACAAUCCCUACCAUCGGUUUUAAUGUGGAGACGGUGGAGUAUAAGAACAUCAGUUUCACGGUGUGGGACGUGGGCGGUCAGGACAAGAUCAGGCCCCUGUGGCGGCACUACUUCCAGAACACACAAGGCCUGAUCUUUGUGGUGGACAGCAACGAUAGGGAGAGAGUGAAUGAGGCACGGGAGGAACUGACAAGAAUGCUGGCUGAGGAUGAGCUUCGGGACGCUGUGCUGCUCGUGUUCGCCAACAAACAGGACCUGCCCAAUGCCAUGAACGCAGCAGAGAUCACAGACAAGCUGGGUCUGCACUCCCUGCGCCAGCGUAACUGGUACAUCCAGGCCACCUGCGCCACAAGUGGGGACGGCCUGUACGAAGGCCUGGACUGGCUCUCCAACCAGCUGAAGAAUGCAAAAUGAUCUAUCAUUCCACUGUCUGUCUGCCGUCUGCGUCUGUCCGCGUCUGCGCAGUGUGAUGGGCAGCAGUGCUGGUCCCAGCCCCCACCCCCCCCUUCCUUCUCCAUUCCCUUACCCGUUGGGGCUUUGACCAGAGCUACCCUGCAUAUGCCUGUGUGUGAGUGCAAGCAUUUGGGUGGAUCUUAGUGUGUGUGUGCGCGUGUGUGUGUGUAUGUGUGCGCGUGCGUGCGAGUCGAGAGUGGGAGCAGCACUGCUGUGCCUUUAACACGGUCACUCUCACCCAUGGAAAUGACAGCAUGGCUAACUCCCUCCAGCGCCCCCCUCCCCCCCCCACCCCCCCCCUCCCGCCUGACCUGCAGCAUUUCCCAAGACACCGUGUUUUUUUUUACACGGCAAAGAAAGACCCAGGAUGCCGUAGUCGUUGUGUGUUAUCUGGGAGGGGGGGUCAACAAUAAAGUUUAGAAAUUUAAGUUUAAAAUAAAAUGCCUGAUUUUACAUUUUGCUAGUGUUAAAUUGUCACACGCUUGUUAAACUGUUGGUUUGAGAGCCCACACCACAACGUUAAAUAAACCUCAUGUAACCUGUAUCAGGUUGGAAAAAGGACAAUAAAGAGCUUUUCCAUCCUAGAUCCUUCUUUGCGUUCUUUUGAAAAUCAUGCUGUUUCGUUGUAGUAUGCUCCAACCACAGUUCUGGCUGUCUCGUGAACACCAGCUGAUCAAUUAUCCCUCCCCCCAAAAAAAACGUAACUAGUAGAGCGUAUUAGUGAUGUCACUAUGCCCCACUUGUGCUUGGUUUAGUUGUGUGAAGCAAAUCUCCACUGUAGUCUGAACAAAGGAGGUGCGUGAUUGUGCCUGAGGGUUAAUGGUUCUGGUCGGCAUUAUUACUGACUGAAAUUUAGGUAUGUACUGUUUUUAAAGUGUAUUAGGAUGGACCCAAACUUCUCUGCUGACUAAGUUGGUCCUGAAAAGGCAACCGUUCUAAGCCGCAGCUGACCUGGCUACCCUCUCGGACCGCAAGGCACGGACGCUUUUUGCGUUCUCAACUCAACUGUCACUGCCUCUUUAUCGGUGUCUUACACCGCUAAGUGAUGUUCCUUUCACAGGUCAUAGUGAGAUCACUGAUAAGGUUUUGAGUGACCCAUCUGUAGCGGGUGUGGAAAAUGCAAUAAACUGUGUGUUUUGUGUAGUACAGUAUAUGCGGUUGGUCGUGCCAUGCGCGGGCCACAGGUUCAGUGUAGUGAAGUGUGUCUAGCCCAGAUGGGGGUGUGCGUCGGCAUGGGCUGAGGAGUGAACUGGGUGGGAGUGUGCGUAGUGACUGGUGUUUUCAGACGCAUUCCUGUCCUCUGAAACAGCGAGGCCUUUUGAGAGUUGCUCCCACUCUGGUUUUCUCAUUCAACUUUCUGUUGUCUACUGUUUUGUUUUUAUUAUAUUAUUAUUUUGAUUUUUUUUGUACAGAAGACCUGGUUUCCUUGGUCUAGCAUGAGUGAAGGAGCCAGGUGUGCAGUCUUUCAAUCAAAAUGCUUUAGGAUCCUUUGGGUUUGACUUAUGAAGGGCUGGCUGUGUUUGGGUUAGCUUUUAAGGUUUCCUGCAGGGCGUGGGAGGGGCCUGUCGGUUCACUUCCUGGUCCACUGACAGGGCACACACACUCCAAUUCCUCAACGUGCUGUGUCGUUGUCAAGCUACGCUUUUCUUCAACCUUAAAAUCCCAACUGUUGACUUCAACACCCUUUUUAUUUUUAUUUUUUUAUAUAUAUAUAUCUAUGUGUAUUCAGGGUUCUCGCAGCACAGGUAGAAUCCCAUCUUCCCCUUGGCUCCAUGUAAAACAUGACCAGCACAAUAAUACAUAGUACUGUAUCGAGACAAUUAAAGGUUGCUCCAGCGUCUUUACGCUCUGCAGCAUGGGGAAGACUUGAGCUCCCAACAUACAUUAGCAAUGCCCUCAUUUACAACUGUCUCCAGUCAGCAUUGCCAUAGUAAUUAUACCAGCAGACACACACCAUGUGCAAAGGGAGGCACGGCUGUCUUCUAUGGUUCACACAGCUUAAAAAUGGAUUGAAUACGUGACAAUGACUUUCUUUUGUACAGCCAUAUAUUCCAAACGCUACUGCAAAUGUUGUCGAGGAACCCAUAACAUGGUAUUUUAUGUCACAUGCCCUGCUGAUUAAAGAUGACCCUAAGGUCACGGCCCUCACACUGACCUCCUGAGGGAAGUACUGACCUUAACCCUUGUAUCUGUGUACAACUGGACAAUUAAGAUUUUUUUUUUUCUUUAUGAAUAUCUUCAGAAAAAAA